GGCUCUUGAGCCCAGUCCCUUUACCUUCACAGAGGGAAGUAAAAGCCCACACUGCCUGGCAGGGACAUUUUAGAAGAUCAGAAAAAUGAUGAUCUGGCCCCAUUCCUGCAUCUCCUUUUGCUGGAUUUAUUUUGUUGCUUCCAGACUGAGAGCUGUAGAAACAGCAGAUGGAAAGUAUGCUCAGAAGUUGUUUAAUGACCUUUUUGAAGAUUAUUCCAAUGCUCUUCGUCCAGUAGAAGACACAGAUAAAGUCCUGAAUGUCACGCUGCAGAUUACCCUUUCUCAGAUUAAGGAUAUGGAUGAAAGAAACCAAAUUCUGACUGCCUAUCUGUGGAUCCGCCAAAUCUGGCAUGAUGCAUAUCUCACGUGGGAUCGAGACCAGUAUGAUGGGCUGGACUCCAUCAGGAUUCCCAGUGACCUGGUGUGGAGGCCAGACAUUGUUCUUUAUAACAAGGCUGAUGACGAGUCUUCAGAGCCGGUGAAUACCAAUGUGGUCCUGCGGUACGAUGGACUCAUCACCUGGGAUUCACCAGCCAUCACCAAAAGUUCCUGUGUGGUGGAUGUCACCUACUUCCCCUUUGAUAGCCAGCAGUGCAACCUGACUUUUGGUUCCUGGACCUACAAUGGCAAUCAGGUGGACAUAUUCAACGCUCUGGACAGCGGAGAUCUCUCGGAUUUCAUCGAAGACGUGGAAUGGGAGGUCAAUGGCAUGCCUGCCGUGAAGAACGUGAUCUCCUAUGGCUGCUGCUCUGAGCCUUACCCGGAUGUGACCUUCACCCUCCUUCUGAAGAGGAGGUCCUCGUUCUAUAUAGUCAACCUCCUCGUCCCUUGUGUCCUCAUAUCUUUUCUCGCUCCCUUGAGUUUUUAUCUCCCAGCAGCCUCUGGGGAGAAGGUCUCCCUGGGAGUGACCAUCCUGUUGGCCAUGACCGUGUUUCAGCUCAUGGUGGCAGAGAUCAUGCCAGCCUCAGAAAAUGUCCCUCUGAUAGGAAAAUACUACAUAGCCACCAUGGCCCUGAUCACAGCCUCCACGGCCCUGACCAUAAUGGUGAUGAAUAUCCACUUCUGCGGGGCCGAGGCCCGGCCUGUGCCUCACUGGGCCAGGGUGGUCAUCCUGAAGUACAUGUCCAGGAUCUUGUUUGUCUACGACGUGGGGGAGAGCUGCCUCGGCCCUCGCCACAGCAGGGAGCGGGACCACCUCCCCAGGGUGUAUGGCAAGCUCCCCGGGUCCAACCUGAACACAGCCAGGAACAAAGAGCUUCCCAGAAAAAAGGAAACGAACCAACUCUUAAAGAACGACCUGGGGUGCCAGGGUGAGAACCCACAGGGUGCCGACAGUCACUGUGCACGGUAUGAAGCACUGACAAGAAACAUCGAGUACAUCGCCAAGUGCCUCAAAGAUCACAAGGCCACCAACUCCAAGGGGGGCGAAUGGAAGAAGGUGGCCAAAGUCAUAGACCGGUUUUUCAUGUGGAUUUUUUUCAUCAUGGUGUUUGUGAUGACUAUUUUGAUCAUAGCAAGAGCGGAUUAGGAGAUAUCUGAUACCUGGGGUGAAAUCAAUGAAAUUCCCUGCAAUCUCCUCCAGUGUUCUUUUUAAGCCAGAUUGUUGUUCAAAUGUAGUUUAGGGGUUUUUGUCGUUUGUACUUUUUAUUUUUGACUUCAAGCCCACAUUGCCGCUAUCUGUCAGGUUAAAAGGAGAUCCAAAGGUUCAAAGGCGGGAAACUGGAGGAAAUAAGGAAAGACCUCUUUCAGAGCCCUCCAGAAUGUUGGGUGACACCUCUCAUUGACACAACUAUUCACCUCUUUUGCUGUUCAGAUAACAAAGCCCUGAAAAUUAGUGUUUAAAAUUUAAAGGAAAAGAAAAAAGAAAAAACAAGACAAAAACGUUUUCCCAUUCUUCCCUUAGUUCAUAUUAAAAUAUACUUUU